CCAUGUGAAACGUGACGUAGCUGAAGCCGAUAUCUUAACUCUGGACUCCAGCUGUAGGCGUGUGAGCACUUCGUAACCUGACCUCUGCCGGUCGUAUCCGACGCUCACACUGUUGCGUUUCCUUUAGCGCCCUACAGGGCUCCUGAGCCGCUCUCUGCAUGGUUUGGAUACUAAACCGCAAUCUGGGCUACAACACCAACUCGCGCCUCUGCAACCACGAAAAUGCCAAAUCAUUUCUCACACGACUAGCACAGCUGAGGGAGGAGGCAGACAUGGUGAGGAAUAAUAGAGACAACAAAUAAUGAUGUGACCGUUGUCAUUUCCGAAUAACAUACAGUCACAGUGUGUGUGUAGCGGACGGCGGAGAUUUUCUGCCAACGAAGCAAAGCAUCGGGCAACCUUGUGCAGCCACCACGAGACUCAAUCGGCAGCUGAUAUUUGGAAUAAUACACCGUGUUUUGACAAAAGACAUUCGCAGACAUUGGGGCUCCAUCCAGUCGAGGCGCUGUGACCCAUGCCCCGUGCCCGGUGCCUUUGAAGCAGCUGUGCCCACAGGCUCCCUGGUGCCCUCCUGCCCCUCCUCUCCCGCUGUCCUGAUGUACUAAAAGCACACAUUGCUGAACGGUUUGAUGGAGAUCUGGUCGGAUGACAGCUGGAACGGUUGUCAUAACUGGAGGAAUUCUCGCCACGGUGAUACUCCUGUCUAUCAUAGCAGUGCUGUGUUACUGUAGACUCCAGUAUUACUGCUGUAGGAAGAAUGAGUCUGAAGCGGACGCUGGCUCCACCGGGGACCCUCAGCCACAGUUCGCCUGCAACGCAUGCAGUGCCCCUGGGGUGGACGGCUCGGCGGUCACCCCCCUCGCGCUGCCCUACGACCCGCCGCUGCCACUACAGCAGCCUCCCAAGUUCUGCCCCACCUGCUCGCCCUACUACAUGCGUUCCAUGGACGACUUGCGCAAUGGCGGCGAGCGGCUGGCCUUCAUGCCCGCCCACUACGAGAACCCGGCCGCGUCCUUCUCCAUGUCCUCCCUGCACUCAGCCCCGCUGAGCAGCCGCACCACCCCCGACUUCUACACCAACACCCGCGCCAUCAGCACUGACGUCUGAGCCAGGGCCUGGGAUACACCCGCGCCAUCAGCACUGACGUCUGAGCCAGGGCCUGGGACACACCCGCGGCAGAACAACCCACCCAGCCCCUCGCCAAAAAAAUAACAAUCAAUUGAAAAAAAAAUCAACUCUGUCACUCCAUCAUGGUACGGGAAGGGCAACUGAUCUUGACACCUCAGGGGUCACCUUUAGAGGUUAUCUCCAAUACAGACCAACCGACCAACCCCCCACCCAACCCCCCACCCCACCCUCCACCCUCCUGCCCCUGAACUAGUGCCCUCACUUGUCCUCAGUUCUUCCUUUUGCUGUUUUUGAUCCAGUUUAUUAAUUUUUGUUGUGAUUCCUCCCUCCUGUAAGCUUUCCCUCUCUGCUGCCAAACUUCUCUCUUUUUGUUUUGACAGAUGUGAAGUGUGAGGGCUAUGUGCAGCAAGCUAUUUUCCCUUGUCACCCAACCGGUCCGUUUUAUCUUUCUGUGAGCUGAAAAAAAAUAACGUUAGAUAUGUGUACACAUACAAAUGUGUAAUCAUUGCUCAAGAGGGAGAUUUUUACCUCUAAGGAUCACUUUUUUUUUUUUUUUUUUAGAUCUGUAGAAAACAGAAAAGAGUCAAACUAUUUUAGGGUUGUCUCUAUGCAAGUACUGUAUGCCAGUUAUUCAAAUGCAGAAGAGAGCAAGACUUCCAAAAGACCCCUCUGAGGCAUAAAAUGUUAGGAAAGCGCAGAUUUGUACAUAUAAUUUACAUUUUUCAGGGCUGCUAUGUCAGGGUGAAAGUGGAUUUGAAUUGUUUUAUUAUGAAAUUACCUCUACAAUUCUUUCCACAUUACCAGUUUAUUUUUUCCAGGAGGAUAUUGCCUCUUUAUUUUGAGACAGCAAAAUGUGCAAGUACAAAAUUGUUAUUCACACGUAUUAUGUUUUCUAUUCAUUUACAGGACGACAUUUUCUGCAUUCACACAUUCUUUUAUUUUGUAUUUAUUUCUCAUGGAGUGUGUUCUUCUGAAAAGCAUUGUGUCUAGUGUUAAAUGAGUGACAUAUCUGUUUAUUGUAUGUAUGGGUUCCGUCACUGUACCACUUAAGAGUGUCCAGUUCUGUUCAUCUCCACCGUACGUCUCACUCCCCAGUUCUUCCUGUGUUUUGUUCUGUUCCCUUUUGGACAUUAAGUAUCCCUGAAAUUGUCAUUAUAAAUAUUAUCACACCUUCACCAGGACACAAUUCCCUGCUGUGUUAUAAAUGACUGAAAAUUGUUUAAUUAUUAAAUAUGUUGAAAUAAUAAUUAUAUAAAUACUGUUAUUAAAGUUUUUUCACUGUGUUCACAAAGUGUUGUGAAUAUCCACAUUAUAGCGUUAUAUAAAACCAGCUAUUAAUUCAACUCUAUGUCAUGGGUUUUAUUCAAUUCAAUUAUUUUGUUUGAUUUUAUAUCCAUGCGACAUAGCCAUUCAACUGAUGUAGUCUUUCUUUCUAAUAUGGUGUGACCCACAGCUAUAAACACUACAGAAUGCAGCAAUUUACUGCAAAGCACUUAUAGUUUCCCCUUAAAGUGUUUUCACUACGUUUCAGAGUUAAAACGUUAUUUAAUCUACGACACGCAUAUUUCCUCAAGAGCAUUGACCACCUAUUUCACAGAAUGUUUCCUUUUGAAUAUGAAUAAAUAUUUAUAAAUGCCUGGA